AUGACGACGGAUACCUCCAAUCAUCAUCUGUCAGACCUAGAAGGUCGAAAAGAAAAGACUUCGCUUGGUCCCUUUUUCCGAAAACAACACGAACAACAACAAAGCACCUCAGACGCGUCAGGAAAACAUCAUGAUCGAAGCGACAGUAAAAUAACUCUGGCGACAGCUUCAUCCUCCUUGAGCGGUGACACCGAGUCGGACAAGCAAGCAUCGUAUGGUGACAAAUCCUCCAACUUGAGUGGUGGUGGUUCUAUAGAGGAAGAGGAAGAAGAGGACAGCCAAGGGGAGACCCAAACUUCUGCUGCUAGUAGUACUGAUCCAGAGCAACCGCCGGACUAUGAUGAUGAUGGCAAUGCUCAACAAGAAGGAGUCGAAGUGGACACAGAAGGUGGGAUUUGGCAGUCCAUGUUUGAUGGAAUGUCAAGUCUGAUGGCUUCCACUGGCAUGGAAGUUCCACUGGGUGCUGCUAGUGCUACUACGGAAACAACCGAAAAGUCGUCCUCUUCGUAUCGAUCACAGCCAAUGCCACAAGGCCAAAAAUUGCACGAAGAAGAAAAGAAGGAUGAACAUGAUGCCAGGGCUGUGGAGCCAGCGCCAAUGGCAACAAAAGACGAGAUGGGAACCAAUGAUAUAUGCUCACAGCAGGAGGAGGAAGCAAUGCUACGAUUUGAUCUGUUGAAGGACCUAAUCAUGUUGGGGGAGGCAGAAAUGGACGAUGACGACAUUAGUCCACCAAAUCCUUACCCCUUGGAAGACGACGAGGUGUCAUCGCAUAAAAAAGGAUACUACGAGAAAGACUUCGAAAGCAGUGGUUGCAGUCCUCGUGCCAAGAAAACAAUCCUUUGUACUAUUGUCGCGCUUGUUCUGUUGAGCGCAGUCAUCAUUCCAAUAUACAUGUCCAAUGAUGCAAACCGAAAAACUACAGCAGCGCUUGCUGUGGAGGACACACUCAGACCUACCGCCAAUCCUACCACGCCGAGUCCCACCACUACCAUGAGACCAAGCAACGUACCUACGGUUUCGCAGAUGCCUUCCGAAACUCCGUCCGAGGCUCCUUCAGUGACCCCAACCAUGUCCAGCCGGCCUACUAUUUCUCCGUCCUUACGACCAACGGCAUCCAAUUUUCCCUCGCAAAUUCCCAGCAUUUCGCAAAUUCCAUCCUUGUCGCCUAGCAAAGAACCCUCCACGUCGAAGGAACCAAGUCAUGUUCCAAGUGAGCUUCCUUCUUUGGAACCGUCAGUGAGUCUAAUGCCAUCCUAUUCGACCAUUAGUCCGGAUUAUUCCUUCAAGAUUCGUUUGCAAUGGCAAGAAUCUUACUUUUGGCAAGAAGAAAAGGUGGAACGGUGGUGGUGUUUGGAAUGUGUCCGGUGCACCAGUUACGGUGGGGGUGAUGGUAAUCAACAUGGCUGUAAAUCUUACGGCACGGGAGACGAAGGUGCCUGUCAACGAGGAGAUUCCAUUUGGAUUCGAGAUUGCCGCGAGCGGUCCAAUCGCUUCAACGUGUUGGAAAAUCGCGACUCGGGGAAUAUGCUAAGGAUCGCCACGACGGAUCUGUGUGUCACACGGCAGCGACGACGAUGGCUCAUGGUGGAUUAUUGCGAUCGCACGGACAUGAAACAGCAAUUUGUUCCGUGGGAGGAUUAUGACAAGUUCGAGUUGCGUCCCUUGGAACAACGAGAUUUGGGAGAACGAGAGGCGGAUUGUAUUUCUCAACUGCACCAUCCCAAACAGGACGAGUUGGUGAGCUUGCACAAUUGUAGAUUGUGUCGGAUUUACGAGACGAGGUAUUGGCAAGUGUAUUUAGGCUAG